GCAGGCUGGGCAGCAGGAGCGAGGGAAGCAGCGGCCAGUUGGCCAAGGACUCGCUGCUUCCCGCUCCCUAAUCUCCGGCUACUGCCUGGGAACACAAGAUGCACGUGGGAAAAAGGUCACCAGCUGGCACCUGAGAACUUGGGGCCGUGCUAGUGCUGCUGGGGGGCGGGGAGCCCGUGCACCCCGCCGCGGGAAGGGCAGACUGAGACAAGGAGCUGAUCGCCCUGCCGGGGACUGGGGGAGAUGGGGGAGAGCCUGUGAAUUUGAGGGACAAAGGAUCCAGCCCAGCAGCCCAGGCCCCAGGACCCAUGUCUGAACAGGUAGCUGCUGUGGCUGGAGGUGUAAUAGGAGGAAUUCUUUUACUGAUCCUUAUUGGAAUAGCAGUGUACCUGCUUUGGAAGAAGAUAUGCCUCCUACCUUCCUAUGAGGAACUCACGAAUUCAGUCACACCAACACAUCCAGAUGCCAGUCUGGAGGAUCAGACUUUAACCCAGCCAUCUUCUGUAAUUCAACCAAAAAGCAUAAGAACUAGAAGCGUUCCAUUCAUCAUUCCACCAAAAUUUCAUGGGCGAGACUGGAUUAACCUGACAAAUGGAGAGCAGGUUCAAGAGGACAGUGACCCCUACGUGACUCCGGAGUCUGGGCCCCGGUGUUCUUUUCACUCCUUGGCUGGAGCUUAUGUCAUAGGGUCUAUCAACCCAGAGCUGUACAAGUUCCCUGAAGACAAGAGCGAGACAGACUUCCCUGAGUGCAACAUUGGCCGUCUUUGGUUCUCAGUGCAAUAUGAGCAAGAGGCUGAAAGGCUUCUCGUCUCCUUGAUUAAAGCUAGAAAACUGCAGCCUCCUACAGAUUCCUGCAGUCCCUUUGUGAAAAUUUAUCUGCUGCCUGAUGAAAGACGUUACCUUCAGUCCAAAACCAAACGCAAAACACUCAACCCUCAGUUUGAUGAAAAUUUUAUUUUUCAGGUUUCUAGUAAGACAUUGUAUCAACGGACUCUGAAAUUCUCAGUCUACCAUGUCGAUAAACAGAAAAAGCACCAUCUCCUAGGCCAAGUGAUUUUUCCUUUGAAAAAUGAGACAUUAACUGGUGACAGCAAACUAGUAAUUUGGAGAGAUUUGGAAACAGAAAACCUGGAGCCUCCUUCAGAGUACGGCGAUAUCCAGUUUUCUCUCAGCUACAAUGACUACCUGGGCCGUCUCACUGUAGUGGUGCUGAGAGCGAAGGGAUUAAAAUUCCAGGAUGAGAGAGAUGCUGCCAGUGUGUAUAUCAAAGUGUCUCUAAUGAACCACAAUAAAUUCAUUAAAUGUAAAAAGACAACAGCUGUUCUGGGAUCUCCCAAUCCAGUCUAUAACGAAACCUUCAGCUUCAAGGCAGACCAGACGGAGCUGGAUACAGCAAGCCUGAGCCUGUCUGUGCUCCAGAGUGCUGAGGGAGACAAAACCCACCUACUGGGUCGUGUAGUGGUUGGGCCCUUCAUGUACACGAGGGGCAAAGAGCUGGAACACUGGAAUGAAAUGAUCAGCAAGCCCAAGGAGUUGAUUAAACGAUGGCACGCUCUCUGCUGCAACACCUAAUUGAGCAGCAUCUCUCCCUCUGAACAGCACCUGAAAGACAAGGACUCCUUUAAAAUGUAGCUCUCAUAUUUUUUUCUGAAUCCAAAGACACGCACAGAAAACUUUCCCACCAUUUAACCUCUGCAACCAGCCAACUUAAAAUUUAUCCUCCACUAAACAUACAGAAAAGUCAGUCUCUCCGUGGCUGAAACAGAGUCUUCCCUCUCCCUCCAAAAUGUUUUUCCAGUACU